UAUUAGCUUUAGCUACUAUUGUAACUUAUUUAAAUUACAGUAAGUUACGAAUUUAUAGCAAAAAACAAGUUUAUAUUUCAAAAAAGUAAAAAAUUCAUUAUUUUUCAUAACGAACAAUAUGGUUUGUGAGAAAUGUGAAAAGAAAUUAGGUCGUGUGAUUACACCAGACCCCUGGAAGGCCGGGGCGAGGAACACGGUUGAGUCGGGGGGCAGAAAAGUCGGUGAAAACAAAGCUCUUACAGCGAAGAAAGGGCGAAUUAAUCCUUACACUUCGAAAUUCCAAGAAUGCAAAAUCUGCCGAACGAAAGUCCACCAAGCCGGCUCUCACUACUGCCAAGCGUGUGCAUACAAGAAAGGCAUUUGUGCAAUGUGCGGAAAGAAAAUAUUAGAUACCAAGAACUAUAGACAGAGUUCCACAUAGAUUAUGAUUAAUUUAGCUUUAAAAGUAGCUAUAGGAUCAAAAUAUAUUCUGGAAAUACUCUUCAAUAGCCUUUUUAAUUGAUUUAAUAAUGAGACGACAUUUUUUAUAUUGGGCUGCACUGAGAGACAGACACUCCGUUAAUGGCAAACUUACUUUAGGUCUGAGGAUCCUUGUGAUUCCAAGCUUUUGAUACUUUGACGAAGAAAGAGUGUUGAAGAUAAUUGUAUUGAAUAUGACUCAUUGUCGUAUUUGCAUUAAAUUGUUAUGCUCUUUGGACCAGUCUCUUAAGUUUAUUAUUAGUUAUCUUAAGUUUUAUUUUACAAAAACUUUUUUUUUUAUGUGAAUAUUGAAAUAUGGGAAAAAUGUGACCCAAAAUGUUUAGUUGUUUAUGAUUUUCAGUUAUCUUAUAAACUUUGUGGUUACCAAAGAGCAACCCUUAAGUUUGACCAUCAUGAUAUUCAAUUAUAUUUGUGAAAUUACUCCACUAGCUUGUUACAAUUGUCAUACAGAGAUUGAACACAUAAAAAAAAUUCACUUCAAUCUGGCUGGAUUUGAACCAACGUCUCCUAGCCAACUGUGCCAGAUGCCAUGCCUACUAACCUUUAGGGUUCAUUACUCAUUCGGAAGGGUAUCAUGCCUUACGAAGAAGAAUUGGAGUUUCAGUUUAGGUGUCAAUUUCAUGAGUAAUUUACUUACUUUUAAUAUGAUAUAAAAAAUAUAUUUAUUUGAUUUGCCUUUUAUGCCUUUUCUUCCUUGGAGUAUAGAAUUAAGACCAUGGUGAUUCAAGUGCUUAUAUAGAUACAUGUGUCUUCCAUCAGGUUAAAGGGAGGUCAAAUGCGCACUUGUACAUUAUAUAAACAAAAGUUAAACCUUUAUGUCUAAUGCCCACUUAGCUCUACCCCGGGGUCCCCAACCCAUUCUUCACUUAGCUCUACCCAGGGAUUCCCAACCUCUUCAAUGUUUCCGACCCCUUAAUAAUGCGUGCGCCUGAUGGUAAGCUACAUGCUAGUCCAUAACAGUUACAGUGCCACUCAGAGCGUUAAAUUUCAAAGAUCUGAGUGGCACUAUCACUGCACCCGUCACCCUGAGACAUAAGUUGACAAGUCCCAUGUGCCUGUAAUUUCACCCUUACCCUUCAAAACCGGAACACAGUAAUGCUGACAUUAUUGCUUGGCGGCAGAAAUAGGGAAGGUGAUAGUACUGCCCUGGACAAACUUUCACAAGUGUGGUGAAAAUGUUACAAGCAGACGCAAAAGCAGUGAAGUUCGAGGAAUUCAACCCAUAAACAGACAAUUGGAACAUUUAUCUUGACAGACUAAAAUUUUGUUUUUAGGCAAAUUUUCUUUACUGCAUCUGGUUUACGCGUGUAUGAAACCUUAGUUGCGUUAAUAA